AUGUCCUCCACUUCAACAGAAUCAAUACCCACUUUCGGAUUCAAAGAAAGACAACCUUCAGCCGAAGAACAAGCUUUGGUCGACGACGUCUUGCAACUCUAUCAGCUUAAUCCUAUCUCAUCGGCUUAUGCUAGAUAUGAUACGAACGCUCAGUUUCAUGAUCCCAUUGGAUUAGCCAAGGGUUUAGACUCUAUUAAAGCUCAAUUCAAUGGAAUGCCAAAGAUCUUCUCGUCGUCGGAAACUAAAGGAUUGAAAUUCCUUGAUAACCCAGAAGUAAAAUCCCCCUCAGUUCAAAUUUCUCUAUCUCAAUUAUACAAGAUGAAGCCCGCUGGUGAGAAGUUGGUCGAUUCAUUGGUUACUUUCCAUGUUGAUCCUUCUUCGAACUUGAUUUUGAGACACGACGAAGAAUGGGAUGCCAAGCCCAACACAACCGGAGAAGAUGGUUUCUUCGGGAAGAUAAACGAGUUGAGAAAGAAGUUUACCGCAUCGGCUGUCCAGGCUGGUGUAGAUACUACCCCCAAAGAUCACUAA